AUGCCAAAUCCUAGAAUCAUUCACAGUUUUGGAAUGGGGCUUGCCUUCAUGAUCACGCUGGUAUUACUUUUGAAAAAUGACAAAGUGGCCGGCCUGAACGUCAACCGUGAUCAGUCGUUAAACAAGAGGGAGCUUACUGCAAGAGCUGGCGGGGCCGUCCCCGUUUAUAGCACCUGCAGAACCCCUGGAUCCUUUGCACUCACAUUUGAUGAUGGGCCAUACAACUUUGGCUCGAAACUGGAUAAAACCUUAGAUGCUUCGAAUGCUAAAGCCACUUUUUUCGUGAACGGGAACAAUUAUGGAUGCAUUUACGACUAUGCUGAUGUUCUGCUUGAAAGAUUCAACAAGGGGCAUUUGAUUGCGAGCCAUACCUGGUCUCAUGUUCAUUUGAACGAAGGUUCUUACCAACAGAUUUCUCAUCAACUGGAGGUACUAGAAACGGCUAUGAUAAAAAUCUUGGGAGUUAAACCCAAAUAUAUGAGAGCUCCUUACGGUGAAUAUAAUGACCUGGUGUUGCAGGUUUUGAGUGACAGAGGAUAUAAAGGAAUGAUCAUGUGGUCACAAGAUGCUGAAGAUAGUCUCGAUUCACCUGCGAGUCCAUCUCAAAUCAUCGAAAGCUACAAAUCUUACCCCGAGAAAACGAUUGUUUUGAAUCAUGAAACGAAGGAGUCGACCGUCAAUGAAGUUAUGCCACGUGUAAUCCCGAUUCUAAAGCAGAGAGGAUUCAGCUUAAAAACAGUCCCUGAUUGUUUAAAUCUAGGCUCAAAUCCACGUGAUUGGUAUGUUUCGGUUCAGAAACCCGGAUCCAGAGAUAAAACAUGGACUUGCAAUGGCACCCCUGAGCCUGGAAAAUUUGAAUAG